UUGAUGGGUCGGGGCAAUUUGCACUACCAUAUCCACACGUAUGCGUGCUGCCGGAGAUUACCAAAACGAUAAACUUAUUGAAUGGCGAAGGCAACUACUUUCUAAAAGCUGCGAAAAACGUGCCCCGAAUCGGCAGAAGUAACUCCAACAAAAACACAAACAUUGACGAAAUGGGAAAAUUUUUCAUGAAGGCGUCUAAAUCCGUACCGCGAAUUGGACGUCGGAAUGAGAACUUCGAAUACGGUCAGGGUGUUGAAAAAAGAGACCAGGGGGCGAUUUGGUCGGAUAUCGCUGAUCGUUUCGAAUACGAACCUGAACUAUUGACUUCGCCCGAAAUUUUGGAACAGCUGGAAAUGGGAGACGAUCCUUCGGCCUACGACUGGGACCACGCACGCGCUAAACGAGAUAGUUACAGAAAACAUCAAAAAUUCCAAUAUUCGAUGUAAUGCAGCACAAUUAUUUGGUGUUAUUGGUAAAAAUGCUUAUAUAUGUUAAUGAUGUAUUUAACGAC